AUGGACGCAUUUUUCACUCUUAGUACAUCAUCAUCUGCCAAGGGAACUACACGGUACAUCAUCAUCUGCCAAGGGAACUACACGGGUAAGCCAUACGCCAUAGUGAAACCUAAUGUACUAGGCGUGGGUUCUCUUCAUUCGUUUAUGCCCUACAUAAUCCUGUCGGGGCCUGUCGAUAAUCCCAACGUGCACGGGAUUAUGCUGGAGGUGUUAGCGACAAUCUUUAGCAAAAUUGGGUACUGUCCAUCCCUGUACUUGAGUACCCGUGUACCCGACAGCUAUGAAUUCGUCGGUCACCGGAACAUGGUCAUGGGAAGGCCGCUCCCCAACGGAAGCUGGAACGGCGCCGGCGGCCUCCUUCAGCGUCGGGAGAUUGACAUGACUGCCAUGGGCUUAGUCAUCACCUGGGAACGCUACCAGGCCUUCGACGUGAGUGAAUACCUUUUCAUGGACGAAUUGUCGGCUGCGUCUGCGAGGCCGCGAGUGGAGCCUCACGUGGAUGGCUUCCUGAGGCCCUUCGCGCUCACGAUGUGGAUGAUGAUACUGUUGAUAACACUGGCUAUGUUCGUGUCCAGCUGCGUUAUACGAGCUGGUUACGCAAACAUCACGGAGGAUGACAAUAACGAAGAGGAGAUACAUUGCGGCAUAGAAAACGGAGGACGUAGAAGGUUUCUUGCUGUUGUCGUGGAUUCCGUCUACUGGACAGUAAAUCCCUUGCUAUCUCAGGGUGCUAGCACUGAAACUUUUUAUAGCAGUUUAUUGGGAAGUGCAUUUUCAGCAGGAUAUAAGAAAAAAAAAAAAAAAAAUCUCAGGAUAUAUCAAAGGGUUAAAAAUGUGUAUCCAUCACGUCUUUCCGUUGCCCCUGAUCAAGCGGUCAGCAGGACUCCUCGCGGAGACUCGGUGAGACUCAUCAGCAUUGUGUGGCUCCUCAUUUGCCUCAUUUUGACAACGAUCUAUCGCUCCACCCUCAAGGCCAUGCUCGUCUUGCCCAAAGUCAGCCUGCCCUUCAACAGCCUCGAACAGCUGGUGGAAACGGGCCUGCCGGUGUGGGUCUCUCCCUUGUCCGCUUUACAUGUGGCAGCUACGGACUCCCCCCAGAAUUCGACGCUGGGGAAACUCUCGCGCCAGUUCAUCAUGGACAAUCAUAGCACCAUAGGGAAGGCCGUGGAGGAGCUUAUAGAUGGGAAGCACGUGUUCGCGGCCCCACGCUCAGCGAUUAUCCACAUCCUGCACGGAACUUUCUCAGAGAAGGGAAGAUGCACGAAUUACGUCAUGUCUGAAGGAUUCUUGGAAGCAAACAUGCUGAGUUUCAUUUUCCCGAAAGGAUCGCCGCUGAAGGCAAAGGUCGAUCCACUGAUCACAAGGCUACGCGAGACCGGGAUCCUGAACCACGCCUACAAGAGGGGAGUGGUUAACGCUACGGAGUGCCUGAAGCCUAUAGCCAACCGACUCACUAACGAAAUCAGGAUUCUGUCCCUGAGCGACUUCGUGGGCGUUUUUCUUCUUUAUAUUGGAGGAAUAGCUUCGUCGGCGCUGGCUUUCAUUUUAGAAAACAUCGUCGGGUCGUUUGAGAGGACUCGUCGGGGGAUAAUCGCCUAAUCAGAGCAGGAAAAGAGUGUGACGCUUUUGAGUCCGGAUUCUCUCUCAGCUGGAGUGGCUUUGUGUGGAUUCAUUUAUUCGCCUUUUAGAGACGGGGAAGUCGGUUUUAGGACGUUGCAAUUAACUAUCUAACUAGUGAAAAUGGUAUGUUGCAAUGAUGUUGGUACUACGGUGAGAUCUAAUAGUGAUUUACACUGUAUACACCUACGUCAAGCUUCGCCUUGAAAUUGGAUACUGGGCUGCAGUAGGGUUCAACUGACCUUUGUCAAUUGCACAGGCUGUUUCUAUUGAUAUAUAACUUUUUUAACAGCAAGGAUAAGGUAUCUCACACUUCCUAACAUCGUUGCACAGUGGAUAGAUAUACGAGUUAGAAUUCCAGAUAACAUUCUGUUGAUAGACGUAUUCAUAGGAUUAUUAUGAUUGUAUGUGCAGUAGUCCAUAACCCAAUUCCUAUUAUUUACAAUAUUGUUUUGCUUGAUAAAAUUUAC